AUGGCGGAGGCAGCGCAGACACAAGCUCUGGCCUCACUCAAAGGCUCUCUCAAAUCGGGCGCAUACUCCGAUCUCACCAUCAAGUGCGGUAGUGACAUGUACAAGGUCCACAAGGUCAUCGUCUGCGAGCGCGCCGAAUUCUUCGCCCGUGCGAUCAAGUUUGGCGGACAAGAAUCUGAGAGCGGUACCGUCGAUCUUCCCAAGGACGAACCGGCCAUUGUCAAACUCCUGAUUCAAUACCUCUACGAAGGCGAGUACGAACCUUUGCUGCUAGACGGCGAAUCUUCGCUAGCUCCAGCAUCUGCCAAAGUCAACGAUACUCGCCCGAAGCAUAAUCACAACGGGCUAGCAUACAGCUACGACUUUCCACACACGUGUGACACGAACAACAUUUGUAGCAGCUCUUUUGUCUGCCCACAUCAUACGUGCCAUCACACAAAUUGGAGUCUUUGUUGUGCCAAUCGCAAAUACACUUGCGAGAUGUGCAACCGUGCCGCCCCUUCGCUACCUUCACUCAACGGCCAAGCCGAUCAACUCCUCCUCCACUCCAAGAUAUACGAGUACGCAGACAAAUACGACGUGAUCGGACUCAAGGACCUGGCUAUCGAGAAGUUCAGCCGUUCAUGCAAGCACUUCUGGGACAAGGACGAGUUCUCCAUCGCUGCCCACCAUGUCUUCUCCACCACCGUCGACACAGACAAGGGUCUUCGCGAUAUCGUCAGUGCCACGAUCGGUGCACACAUGGGACUGGUCAAGAAGCCUGAAGUCAAGGUCCUCAUGACUGAGUUCAACGGUCUUGCUUUGGGUAUCUUAGAAGAGAAGAUCGUUGAGCAUGGUUGGUAG